AUGCACAAACUCCGCGAGCAACUCCAGCUCCUCACGAAGGCGUCGAACCCGCUCGGGAAGUUUCUCGAGGCGAUUCACAACGACAUCGACAGCAUGACCCGCGAGCUCGAGACGUGGCGGAGUGAGGCCCGCAACCAGGCCCUCGCCGCCGCCGAGGCGCAGCGGCAGACCGAGGAGAGCGUGCAAACCGUCCAGGUCCAGCUGCAGAGCAUCGAGGACGCGAUCGGGGAUCAGAUCCUCAAGACCAAUCGCCUCCAGCAGGCCAUCCUUGCCAACGAUCGGGCGAUUGAAGGGAUGAUUCGAAUGGUGGUCGGCCCGGAGGUCGUCUUGUCGUAG